AUGACACCAAUUGUGGGUGGACCCUGGUGUGAGACCCACAGAUUCAGUAACUUUAUUGACGUCUUCCUUAAACGUAUUCUGCAACAUAUACCGAUCUUUAUAAGGGAUGAUCUGGACUUCAAAUCUAGUAAGGACAUUCGAUGCACUGUCACCUCUGGGAAGAGUCUAACUGUCUUCCGAGCCAAAUAUAAAGAUUGUUCCACCUUUAUUCUUGAACAAAAAGGAAAGUUUCGUGUUCUCGCUGUAAUCGCUAUAGCGAAAGAGGCAUUGUGGAAGACUCGAAUGAAAGGAGUAGCGACACGGAUCUUCAUCUCCAGCCUUGGAUUGGUGAAAUUCUCUGUUUUCCAUCUUAAAUGGAGAAUAAGAUGGUCUGUAGAUGAGGUGACGGACAAAGUAUUCACACUUCAAACAGCGAAAAACAGACGUUAUCCAACUGUGACCAUCUCAGAUACUGACUAUGCUAACUUCACUCAAGCAGCAGAUGAAGUUUGUAAUGCAGAGUCUCUCUUGUACAUCCUUGAAAAUGCUGUUACAGGUGUCACUCAGAAAAAUAACCAAGGUUGCACACCUCUACAUGUUGCCUCUAUCCAUGGACGCACAGACACUAUAAAACUUCUCCUACAACAAAAUGGCACUGAUGUCAGGGCUGUGAACAACCGUGGUUCGACACCUCUACAUCUUGCCUCUUAUAAUGGACACACAGACACUAUUCAUCUUCUCCUACAACAAAAUGGCACUGAUGUCAGGGCUGUGACCAACGAUGGUUGGACACCUCUACAUCCUGCCUCUCAGAAUGGACACACAGACACUAUAAAACUUCUCCUACAACAAAAUGGCACUGAUGUCAGGGCUGUGAACAACCGUGGUUCGACACCUCUACAUCUUGCCUCUUAUAAUGGACACAGAGACACUAUUCAACUUCUCCUACAACAACAUGGCACUGAUGUCAGUGCUGUGACCAACGAUGGUUGGACACCUCUACAUCUUGCCUCUUAUAAUGGACACACAGACACUAUUCAACUUCUCGUACAACAAAAUGGCACUGAUGUCAGGGCUGUGACCAACGAUGGUUGGACACCUCUACAUCUUGCCUCUCAGAAUGGACACACAGACACAAUUGAACUUCUCCUACAGCAAAAUGGCACUGAUGUCAGGGCUGUGAACAACCGUGGUUCGACACCUCUACAUCUUGCCUCUCGGAAUGGACACACAGACACUAUUCAACUUCUCCUACAACAAAAUGGCACUGGUGUCAGGGCUGUGAACAACCGUGGUUCGACACCUCUACAUCUUGCCUCUCAGAAUGGACACACAGACACUAUUCAACUUCUCCUACAACAAAAUGGCACUGAUGUCAGUGCUGUGACCAACGAUGGUUGGACACCUCUACAUGUUGCCUCUUUUCAUGGACACACAGACACUAUUCAACUUCUCCUACAACAAAAUGGCACUGAUGUCAGGGCUGUGACCAACGGUGGUUGGACACCUCUACAUCUUGCCUCUCAGAAUUGACACACAGACACUAUUCAACUUCUACUACAACAAAAUGGCACUGAUAUCAGGGCUGUGACCAACGAUGGUUGGACACCUCUACAUCUUGCCUCUCAGAAUGGACACAGAGACACUAUUCAACUUCUCCUACAACAAAAUGGCACUGAUGUCAGGGCUGUGACCAACACAGGUUUGACACCGCUACAUCUUUCCUCUCGGAAUGGACACACAGACACUAUAAAACUUCUCCUACAACAAAAUGGCACUGAUGUCAGGGCUGUGACCAACGAUGGUUGGACACCUCUACAUCUUGCCACUCAGAAUGGACACACAGAUACAAUUGAACUUCUCCUACAACAAAAUGGCACUGAUGUCAGGGCUGUGAACAACCGUGGUUCGACACCUCUAGAUUUUGCCUCUCAGAAUGGACACACAGACACUAUUCAACUUCUCCUACAACAAAAUGGCACUGAUGUCAGUGCUGUGAACAACGAUGGUUGGACACCUCUACAUCUUGCCUCUUAUAAUGGACACAGAGACACAAUUAAACUUCUCCUACUACAAAAUGGCACUGACGUCAGGGCUGUGAACAACCGUGGUUCGACACCUCUACAUCUUGCCUCUCAGAAUGGACACAUAGACACUAUUCAACUUCUCCUACAACAAAAUGGCACUGAUGUCAGGACUGUGACCAACGGUGGUUGGACACCUCUACAUCUUGCCUCUCAGAAUGGACACACAGACACUAUUCAACUUCUCCUACAACAAAAUGGGACUGAUGUCAGGGCUGUGACCAACACAGGUUUGACACCUCUACAUCUUGCCUCUCGGAAUGGACACACAGGCACUAUUCAACUUUUCCUACAACAAAAUGUCACUGAUGUCAGGACUGUGACCAACGAUGGUUGGACACCUCUACAUCUUGCCUCUCAGAAUGGACAAACAGACACUAUUCAACUUCUCGUACAACAAAAUGGCACUGAUGUCAGGGCUGUGACCAACGAUGGUUGGACACCUCUACAUCUUGCCUCUCAGAAUGGACACACAGACACUAUUCAACUUCUCCUACAACAAAAUGGCACUGAUGUCAGGGCUGUGAACAACUGUGGUUGGACACCUCUACAUCUUGCCUCUUAUUAUGGACACACAGACACUAUUCAACUUCUCCUACAACAAAAUGGCACUGAUGUCAGGGCUGUGACCAUCGAUGGUUGGACACCUCUACAUCUUGCCUCUUAUAACGGACACACAGACACUAUAAAACUUCUACUACAACAGAAUGGCACUGAUGUCAGUGCUGUGAGCAUCCAUAGUUGGACACCUCUACAUCUUGCCUCUCAGCAUGGACACACAGACAGUAUUCAACUUCUCCUACAACAAAAUGGCACUGAUGUCAGGGCUGUGACCAACGAUGGUUGGACACCUCUACAUCUUGCCUCUCAGAAUGGACACACAGACACUAUUCAACUUCUCCUACAACAAAAUGGCACUGAUGUCAGGGCUGUGACCAUCGAUGGUUGGACACCUCUACAUCUUGCCUCUUAUAAGGGACACACAGACACUAUAAAACUUCUACUACAACAGAAUGGCACUGAUGUCAGGGCUGUGACCAUCCAUAGUUGGACACCACUACAUCUUGCCUGUCAGAACGGACACACAGGCAGUAUUCAACUUCUCCUACAACAACAUGGCACUGAUGUCAGUGCUGUGAGCAUCCGUGGUUGGACACCUCUACAUCAUGCCUCUUUUAAUGGACAAACAGACACUAUAAAACCUCUCCUACAACAGAAUGGCAUCGAUGCCAAUAAAAUGGACGAACGCGGUAACACACCUUUACACCUGGCAGUUCAAGAGCAAUGCUAUGAUGUGGUGACUUUGAUGCUGUCCCAGGAUUCAGUGAAACUGGAUAUUGAGAACCAUAAGAAAAGGACACCAUUACUGGAAGCCGUCUCCAAGGCCCACUUCGGAAUAAUCCAUAAAUUGAUUACACAUGGAGCAAACAUACAUGCUGUCGACAAUGAUGGCAAUAAUUGUUUGCACCUUGCUGUAAGGGAGGAGAUGUUUCAUUCUGAGAUGGAACACAUUCACAUUUUAGAUGAGUACUGUGCUAAGCUUGAGUUGACGAUCGAAGAGAGACUUUCUGGUGUAGGAGUUGCUAGCUAUCUAGCCCACCAGGGAGCAAACUUUUACUGGAGAAACAAUAAGAAUAUAGCUCCAUUGGACCUCGUUGGGAAUGCAGAUUUGGAAGGAAAAUUAAAAGUAUUAUUCCCACCACAAUGUAUGCUUUGUGAAGAGAAUGAAGCCAACGUGGAGUUACAACCCUGUGGACAUACUGUGGUAUGCGAAGAUUGUGGCAAAAUUCAACUUCAAAGAUGCCCCGAGUGUAAAACAUGUAUAGAGAGCAAAAGCAGAGUUGAUGAACCAAGUUCAAUUGACGAUCACUACAUGCAGAUACCACGUCUUGAUGGUAAAAGUAUUAUGAAGUCGCAUUCAUCUAAAUUCCGUCCCCGUUGCUCAGCUGUGUCCAAAAUAUUGCAGCCCAAAGACUCUGAUAAUGAUUCCAAGAGCAUGAACACAGUUUUAAGAAUCGUUGAAAUCCGCAAUGGAAUCGUAACCUAUUCAACAGAUUUGAGGAUAAGUUGUGCCACAACAGGCGGUGAUUUUGAUUUUCAUUGUUCUUCUAAUGUCACAGACAUGACAACAAUUGGUGAAGACACUGUUUUAGCCACAAUUCCAUUCCGUAAGAAAAUAGUUUUCAUUAAUCCAACAAGUUUCCACAUAAAAUCUCUGGAUUAUAGUUUCUUUACAAUUUCUUAUUUCAAACAUUCUACAUUUGUAGGUACUGAAAUGUUUAGUAAGACAAUAUAUCUCAUAGACUGGGAUACAAAUAAAGUUGAAGAAAAAUUUAGUAUGAAAGAAAUAGUUGGAAAAAUAGCAGUUGGUCCACAGUAUCAUAUCUUAGUAGCCUUGGCAAAUAUAAAUAGAAUUAGCUGUUACACAAUAGAUGGCAGACACUUGUUUCAGUUGAAGACCCAUUCCAUCGAUAUUCCAAUAGACCUCAAUGUAUAUCGAAAUUAUUCUUACGCUGUGCAUGGAAAUGUAAUUUACAGGAUUUCACCGAACGGUUCUGUGUCACAAAGAGAAAUUGGGAUAAAAGCUCGAUAUAUUUGUGUGGGCACAGAUAAUAUUUACUUGAUUGACCGUUUUGGUCUUGUGCAUAUUAUUAGGACAAAUGAAGAUUUUUGGCCUAAGCUGUCUUACCAUCACCAAGACCAUAUCCCGAGCUUAAUAAACCAAAUCCAUAUUGAUGAUCCCUCCAACAUUACAACGAUUCUACCUAUGUCAGCCUCUUCAAUAGUAAUUAUAUAUCGGGAUCUAAAAGCUAUAUUAGUUACUGACGAAGGGCAACAGUUUGGUGGAAAAUGUUUAACAUUUAAACUCCAGCCUUCUGUCUUUUGUAGAAUGGAUUCAAACAGAUUUCUUGUCCUUUUUAGUGAGGACAGGAAACUUCAGUAUAUUACCUGUCCACAAUUAAUUAAAGGUGAUUUAAUAGACGUCGGAAACAAUUACACUCAAAUGUGUCACAUGAUAUCAAAUAGGUGUUUGGCUCUGACCACCAGUGAAGGUAAAGUGGAGGUACAUAUUUUAUUGAUUAAAAAGGAUCAUGUUGACAUUGUAAACAGAAUUUCAUUGGAACAUGAUAAUGUCACCAUUGCUGCUACUCCAAUUAAUUUUGUAGUUGUUGACAAACGGAAACAUAACUUGUUAUUUUAUUCAAGCUUUGGUGAAGAGCUUUCCAAGAAACACAUUGAGUUCAAUGGCUACCCUCAUCAUGUCUUCACAGACACAUUAUAUUUCUUUGUUAUCUUCAGGAGAGAGUCUUUGAUGACAUGUUACAAUACAACUGGACAAAGGAAAUGGCAGCUGAAACUUCCUUCAAACUUUUGCUAUCACUCUGCUGUUUUCCAAGGAACAGCUUAUGUCCUAGACGAUCUACGCAGUCGGAUUCUUCUUUACAAGUACCAUGACUGGUCAGACUCUCAUGUAACCUUUAAAAAUCCUUAUAAUAGAAAUUUAAAUAUACGUCUCGAAGAAAAAGAGAAUGACAAUCUUCUCAUUGCCGAAAUAUGUCAACUGGCGAAUGGACAGUUGGUGGUGUCCAACAUAUAUAAUGACUGUUUGUUAUACAUUUCCAAUGAAGGAGACAUUGUGUCCAGAUUACCGCUGCCGUCUACAGCUACAGAUAUAUGUCGAUGGAAUUCUAAUCAGAUAGGUGUCACAUUACCUCGAGAGAAGCAACUAAGGAUCAUCGGAAACUUAUCAAAGACAGUCAGAAGUGUAUCAUUAAACCAGCCUUAUGUACGUGUGUGUAAGCUGGGUGAAGGUCGCAUUAUUUGUUAUUGCGAUAAACCAUCUUAUUUAGAUAUUUCAGCCAUUAGAAAUUGUAAUCAAGUUGAAAGAAUUCGUAGAAUUAAUAUUCCUUUUAUAAUGAAAUCAUUAUCAUUAGAAAACGAAACACUAAAGCUAUUAAUUGUUGGUAAGAAAACAGUAUUCCUCUACAAGACCAUCAGGAGCAGCAGGUGGCGAAGGAGGAGAAGCAUCAUCAGCAGUAAGAUAGUCCCCAGUGUUUUGCUGUCCCAAGUGAAAACACCCUCCAAUCUCUAUGGUGGAUGUAUUGAUAACAUGUGUGUUCAUUUGAUCGACAACAGCCGCAUGUUUGCUGUAAAUGAACAUGACUUGCUAGUGAGAGAUCACGUUACAAGCAGUCAAAUUAACAUGUUCAUCGAUCUGGUAGAUGUAUUUUCUAGAAACAUCAGUCUCAGUGAAAUGUUGUCUUCCAGAUUGUAUCUACAAGAUCUCACAGUUUCUGAUAAAGCUCAUGAAGUUGUUGUCCCUCAAAGUUUUGGAGAUAAACAUCCAAUGGAGAUUGGUUGUUUGGUUAUUACAGAAAAUAACCUGGUUGCUCUAUAUGACAGCACAAAUCAAAACAUUAAGAUAUUAACUUUUGAUGGUCAACUUGUUGACUCUAUCAAGUUAAAUAAUGUUGUCCCAAGACAUAUGUGUUGCUGGCGAUCAAACACAUUGGUUAUAACGACCAAUAACUAUCAACUGUUAACAUUAAAAGUGGAAUUUCCAUUGUUCUUGGCAACUUACCACACAGAAAAUAGAUACAAUUGUAUCGCUUGUCGAUCCGACAAUCUAUUGGUGUGUAGUAGUAGUAGUAGUAGUAGUAGUAGUAGUAGUAGUAGUAGUAGUAGUAGUAGUAGUAGUAGUAGUAGUAGUAGUAAUGUUGAUGGUGGUGCCUUCAUACCCGAAAUUGAAAACUGCCUGUUUUAUAUAUAUAUCGAUGAAAUACAGUCAGCUGUCCGUAUUAUGAGAGAAAUAGACUUAUUUUGGAAGCGCUACAGAUACAAUAUCACCCAUAUCUCAGUUAUUGCUAAUGACAACAUCAUCGUCAAUACCGACAGGUUCAUCACUAUUCUGAACCCUAACGGGCAAUAUUUAUAUUUAUUUAAGCACAGCAUUUAUUCCCGACACACCUCUAUGGCAACCGAUGAUACUUAUUUGUACAUUACUGGACGGAAGAACAUCUAUGAAAACACGAAAAAGUAUCGUAUUGUCUCAUUGUUGCAGAACGGUGAAUACAAGAGAAUAUUCUUAAAUGAAAGGCAUUAUAAACGUGCGUUGGAUUUCAACAGUAUUAACUGUAAAGGUCCGAGAUUUGUUGCAAGCUAUGACUCGUACUUGUAUAUUGAAGGUUUGUACAAGAUUAAUCGGGAAAAAUUCCCCGUUUCACGGUUACAAAUAAACAAUUGUCCUGUUCAAGUAAAAGAUAUCGAUAUCUCUGAUGAAGGAAAGACAGUUGUGUGCGAAAAAGCCAAUAGUGGAAAUGUUAAACUAUUUGAUGAAGACGGGAAGUUGCUAUGUUACAGAGAUUUUGGAAGUUUGGUUGGUGGUGUAUGUUUUACUGGAGAAACAAAUAUAUUGAUCACAGUCCCUAACAGACGAGAAAUAUUUCAAUUGAAGCCACAAGACUUGGAGAAAUAUAAAGUUUGGGAAAGUCGAGUACCUUAUGGUGGAAUAUGGAGAAAAAUGGGAAAUAUUUACUGGUGUGUACAUAUCAACAUGAUUGAAUGUGAUACUAUAAAAAUUGAUGGGGACCAUCUGAAGGUUCUGGAAUCUAUGUCAUUAUCAAAUCUUGAUUCUGGGCUUCAUUUCCCUUCUAUUACAUCUCAGAAGAACAAGGAAAUGUUCAGUAAUGAAUUAUUUAAUAAACUUAAAAACAGUGACGAUGGAGGAGAAAGAAGAUGUACAUCAAACGAAAUAGUUGCUAAAGGUAGAUUAGAAGUGAGACGUGGUAAUUACAUAGCGGAGAGUAUGUCAGUAAUUGAUGAAAUAUCAGUGAGAAGACUGCCACACAGAACAGCAAUGUUUCCGCUUUCAUUUUCCCUAUCUGGUUUACUAGAUUCAAAUUUGAUGUUUUCUUUUCUUAAUGCUUUUAAGCUAAUUAUGCUACAAGACAAUAGUAUUGUCGUGCUCCUCCAUAAAUGUACUCUCAUGGUCACCAGGGGAGACGGUCAUCUGCUUUACAGUCAAACAUUUGAAAAAGAAGCUCAAGAUAUAUGUCAAUGGACCGAUGAAUCCUUUGUAGUCCUCAUUCGUGAUGAUAAACAACUGAUGUUCUUCAAUACAGAUCUGUGUCUUUUAAAAAAGAUCACAACUGAAAAACCAUACAAUUUAAUGUACAAAAAGAAUGACAAUAAUCUGGUAUGUGUGUUCGAAGACGCUCGAAAUGAAUGUAGUAAUACUCCGUUUGUGUCAUAUGCAGACAUACUUCACAUUUAUGGUGAAAUGUAUGAGUAUAUGGGUCGAGUGAAUUUAGGGAAGGAGGGGAAGGUUGUAGCAUUGGGUGUGACAUCGAAUGAAGACAUCGUCGUUCUUAAAUACAAGGAAGAUCAUUACGAUUUAUGUUGGUAUAGAGACAAUUUGGUUAGGAGUCAACAACUAAUGAUUCAAAGUGAUGAACCAUUUCCAAACAUUUUCAACAAAUCCUUGACCAUCCAUGGCGAAAAUAUUUACAUAUCAGAUUUUAAUAACAAUAUCCAUCAAAUAUCUGUAGACAGCAAAUGCGAAAUCUUUCUCAGCUCUCAAGAAAUUGAAGUCUGCCACAUCAAGGCCAUACAUGUUUCGGAUUAUUUCAUCAUGAUUUACGGAUGUUUAGAUAACCGUUUUGAUGGAUUCUUUUAUUAUGAGAGAUAAUUAUUUCAGUUUGUUGUCGGAGAUCACAGGACCCUCUUGGACGGAACUGGAAAUUAAACUUACAUAACGUCUUUAGGGCACACUUUUUUAUUACUUUAGCUUUAAAAUAUUGUGAAUCGGUGCUGAGAAAUGUGGCCCCAUAUAGCAUUGACAUUAGGGGCUUUAUUACUAUAUCCCAUCUUUUUGAUAUGAUGUUUCUGGAAUAGCCACACAUCAAAUGGCAGGUUAUAUCUAAGGUUCUUGAACAAAGUUAGUUAGCAUAGUGAUUUCUGUUUAGUUAAUUGUUAAUAAAAUAUUAGUAAACUAGAGACAGUGUAUGUUUUCCACUGGAAUAGCAUCUCCUCCUACACACACAAUGAUGACAUUAUCUGAUUCAACUUGUUACUCUUACAUGUUAGCAAUCUUAUAAAAGUAACACAAAAUCUCCAUUUAAAAUUCUUAUGUUGUCUCACCUUGUAUGUCUCGGAUUCAACAAAUCUUUCAAAUGUUUAUUUCCUUUACUUGAAUAUAUUUUGUAUAUUUAACCCUAAUUGAAUUUAUUACUAAAUUAUAUUCAUAAUCCAAUGCUUGAAAUAUAUAUUACAUUGUACAAGCUACAGUGGCAGAACAUAUUCUAAAAUAUAUAUUACAUCAUACAUUAUAGAGUUGUGUGAUUCAUCUCAAUGUAAAUAAACAAUAUUCUUCAUCAAAAAGAA